CUGUGGUUCAGGAACAUGGAUACUCGAAAUGGCCAAAACAUAUCCAUCAUGCUUAUUCAUAGGUAUUAAUAUUUCCCCAGAUUAUCUCUUAAGAGACCUGCCGGAAGAUAUUGAAUUCAUACAAGCCAAUCGUUUACUAAUUGAAAGCAACGAGUUCGAUUUCGUGGUCAUGCAUUUUUUGAAUGGUUGUUUCACAUUACGACAAUGGGAAUCAAUAAUCAUUCCAGAAGUUGCUCGCGUUAUGAAACCUGGCGCAUGGCUUGAGCGGAUGGAGUAUGACGCAUCUUUAAAAAAUCAAGGAGAAAUACAAAAAAAUUGCUGCAAGCUUGUAAGUCUUUUAGAUUGA